AUAUGGAUGCUUCCUACACCUCACAAGAUGCAUCAUAUUUUAUCCAUGUAUAAGAUCAUGUCAGCAGCUACACUCUUCAUCUUUUUCAUAGUUCUGCUUCACCACUCUAACGCUGACGUUGGCACCGCUUCUCGCUACUCCCCUCCAUAUUUACCAUCGGGGUGUUACGGUACCGAAGCCACGCAGUUUCCGUCGAGCAAUCUUUUUGCGGCGGCGGGAGAUGGAAUAUGGGACAACGGAGCUGCCUGUGGGAGGCAAUACCUAGUGAGAUGUAUAAGUGCGGAGCAACCUAGGACGUGCAUUCCAGACCAGAGCAUUCAGAUUAAGAUUGUUGAUUACGCCGCCACGGCGGUGUCGCCGGCUUCCGCCGGUGGCACCACCAUGGUUCUUUCCGACAAGGCUUUCGGGACUAUAGCCAAUACAUCUGCCGCCUUGAUCAACAUAGAGUUCCAACAGGUAUGAUAAAUAUGCAACAUGUAUAUCUGGUAAUUAGGUGCUACAUUCCAUAUCAUCCAGAAGUUGUAUCUUCAAUUUGAUGGGUGAAUGAUUUGUUUUUGUGUGUGGAGUUGGUUAAUUCAAUUAUUGUUGUUAUUACGUUGUGAAAGUGUGUGUGGGUGUGCAAAUUCGGUGGUUUUGCUUUAUUUUUUUUUAGUAUUUGUGAAUUUUCCGACAGCCAGCAGCAUUUUGGCUGUUUGUAAUUGAAUCGAAGGAAGUAUUCGGGGAAAAGCCAUAUGGGAAAUUUCCUGGAUGCUGUCUGGCUUUGAAUGAUUCUUUGAUCGUAGUAUUCCAUGAUGCCCAUCACUCUUGACCAAUAUUAGUAUCAUGUUAAUUGCUGUGUGAUAAGCUAGUUUUAGUUUAAGAGAAUGAGGGUUACCUUAUUUAUAUAUUUUAAUUUAAUUUUAUUUUUAGCA